AUGAAUAAAGAAAAUAACAAUACUAUUCUCACUUAGAAUUAAAUGGGUAGAAAAACGAUGAAAAUAAACACAAAUGACAUGGACUAAUUUGUCAAUUCAAGAAUUGUUCAAUUAUAAAAAUAAUUAUUAGAUAAAGAAUUAGAAAUUGAAAAUUUAUCCAAAUUAAACUAAGAUCCAAAAAAUUAGACUUCAAAUAAAUAUCGAUUAUUAGAAAUCAAGCAGUCAACUCUUAUAAGCGAGAAUUAAUAAAUGAAGACUCAAUUAUAGCAAUAUGAAUCCUUGAAUAAGACAUUAUAAAAUAAAUGCGAUUAAUUAUAAGCAAAGAUUGAAUAUUAAAAUGCUGUUUUGGAAGAGACUCAAAAACAUUUGGAAUAAGAAAGAUAAUCAAAAUACAAUAUGCAAUUUUACUAAUCAUCCAAUCAUAUGGAUGUCUAAUAAGAGAAGAUAUUAAUCAAAACUCAAUUAGACAGCCUCAGAAAAGAAAAGAGUUAAUUGAUCUCAAAGGUUAAAGAACUAGAAAAUUCCUUAUAAUUACGUGAAUUAAAUACUAAUUCAAAUUGCUCAGAACUAUCCUAAUUGAAGUAAUAAUUGCAAUAGUAAAUUCAAAAGUCAUCAGACUAUAUUGAAAAGACUCAUACUUUGGAAGUCAAAAAUACUUUAUUGGAAGCAUAAAGCAAAUCCAGUCAGUCUCAUAAUGAUGAAUUGAGAAAUUUAAGAUCAUAAGUGAUCUAAUUAUAAAAAGACAAGAAUUCUCAUCUUGAAAUAUAAUAAGAUUUAGAAAGCAAACUAAGAUUGUAAACAGAACAUGUUUUAAAAUUAUAAAAUCUAUUGAAUGACAAAACUAAAUAAUUAGUCAAAUGUUAGGAAAGAUUAAGUUAAGUUGAAUCUAUAGAAGAGGAUAAUUCAAUUUUAUAAUAGGAUUUAGAUAAGAUCACUAAUUCAAUGGAAGAGAUUCAAUUAGAAAAUUAAAGAAUUGUUAAAUUUUAAUAGCAAAAAAUUGAUCAAUUAAAAAGGGAACUCUCAUAGACUGAUUUUAUUAGAGAAGAGAAUAAUAGAAAGUAAGAAGAAAUUGCAUAAUUGAAAUAUUAAAUUGAAAGGAAAACAGGAGAGUAAGAAAAAGAAAAAGAAUCACUUGAAGAACUAUAAUAAUUAAGAGAAUCUUCAAAACAAUGGGUUUCAGAAAAGGAGAAUUAUUAAAAAAAGAUUUUUCUAUUAACUGAUGAACUAGAUAAAAUUGCAAAGCAAUAAUGUGAUUAACUAAGAAUUUAAGUGGAAACUUAGAUUCAAAUGAAAUUUUCAACUGAGAAAGUAUAGUUAGAAAAUCACAUUUGGUAAUUAAGUUCAUAAAUUAAUGAUUUGUAAGCAUCAUUAGAAUAAUAUGCUACCAAAUUUGGUUCAUUAAAUAUUGAGAAUGAUCAAUUAAGGGAAUAAUUAAAUGAAAAACAAAUAACUUAAAAAACAGUAAUAGUACUAGAAGGUUAGCUAAGAAAUUAUUGUAAUGAACUUGAGAAAUUGAAAAAUAUGUUCAAUCAAAGAAGUCAAGAACUCGAGCUAGCUAGAAAUAAGAUUUUAUCUUUAGAAAGUUGUGCUAAUUACGCUUAAGAGUUAGAGAGGAAGGUUUCAACUUUAAUGUAAGAUAACCAAAGAUUAAAUUCAAUUAUAAUGGAUAGAUGUAAAAAUAAUUGGUGA